AUGGCUCUCCCAAUUAGCAGUCCAUCUCCACGACUGGACCGCUUCCAACAAGCCAUGGAAUCAGUAUAUGGCAGCUUCAGUCUAAUAGAUGACCCGAAAAACUGGACUCCGCCAUUGAAAUCGGGCGGCCAUCGCGGGCGAUAUUUGUGGACGGAUGCAUUCGGCGUGAUUAAUCUGUUAACCAUGCACAAAGAGUACUCUCGCGCUGGCGGCGAAACUUGUCCUGAUGACAGAUAUGUCCAGCUAGCUCGACGUCUCAUCGAGACUGUCCACGAUGUACUAGGUCGUACGCGAGAUGCUUCAUCGCGAUUACCAGGUGCGACGGAAUCGAAUCCUCUUGGAGGUGGAUUGCGAAUCGGCAAGACGGAUGAACACGGACCAGACAGUGAUGGCCAAUAUCAUCACUAUCUUACGUUGUGGAUGUUUGCGCUCAACCGGAUGGCUUUGGCGUCUGGUAAUAUGGAGUAUAACCGUCAGGCUGUUGAGCUGGCACGCGUCAUUCACCCAAGGUUUUUUGUGGAUCGAUCAGCAGCCCGUCCGCGUAUGAUCUGGAAAAUGGCUAUGGAUCUAUCCGCACCUCUUGUCCCUUCCGAGGGUAAUUUAGAUCCGAUUGAUGGAUUUGUGGUGUUUCGUCUUUUACAGGCGACUGCUCUUCAGGCUGGGGAUGGGGAAGUAUUGGCGGAAGAAAUCGAUGACUAUAAGCGAGUAAUGCUGCGAAAGGGAGAGCAUUUUGUGUCUAAAGAUCUCUUAGAUCUGGGAAUGACCUUAUGGACGACUCAUUGGUUCUCCGAGAAAGAGAACUGGGCAUCAAAUUUGGCAACAAGAUGUUUCGAACAGCUAUACGAUCUUUUUGAAAUCGAUCGGUAUCUUAAACGGAAUAUCAAAUUCCGUCUGGGUUUCCGUGAAUAUGGCACAUGUCUUGGAGCUCAGUGCCAAUCACAGCAAACAACAGAUAAGGAGCGAGCUGUGGAUUUUAAAACUUGGUCUGAUGCCAUCAUCACGGCAUGGGAUCCGUACAUGGAGUUUUCUAUUUCCGAGAACUUUACCCCAGAAGACUUGCGGCCCAUUACUCGUGUGAUGUAUGCAGCUGCUUUGACCCCCGGCGCAUUCCAUGCAGGAUACUUAGGUCCAGAACCCCCAUUCCCUGACAAUCACCAUAUGUGA